AUGGAACAAAGAAAUUAUUCUAGAGUUGCUGAGUUUGUACUGCUGGGACUCUCCAGUUCUUGGGAGCUUCAGUAUUUCUUCUUUGUGUUGUUCAACUUCCUGUACAUCACCAUUGUGCUGGGCAACCUCCUCAUUGUCCUCACAGUGAUUUCUGAGCCUGCCUUGCACACACCCAUGUACAUCAUGCUCAGUAACCUUUCAGUUCUCGAUGUCUUUCUAGCCACUUAUGCAACCCCCAAGAUGAUUCAUGACUUUCUUCAUGAAUCUAAGACCAUCUCCUUUGAGGGCUGCAUGGCUCAGAUAUUCUUGCUUCAUGUCUUUGCUGGAGGGGAAAUGGUGCUCCUUGUAGCCAUGGCGUAUGACAGGUAUGUAGCUAUAUGCAAGCCUCUCCAUUACACAACCAUCAUGAACUCGUGCAAAUGUAGAGGCCUAGUGGUAGCUUCGUGGGUCAUUGGGGUCAUGCAUUCCCUAAGCCAGUUAGCUUUCACUGUAAACUUGCCCUUCUGUGGCCCAAACAUAGUGGACAGUUAUUACUGUGACCUUACUCUGGUGAUCAAACUCGCCUGCACAGAUACUUACGUCCCUGAAGUGUUGAUGCUUUUAGACAGUGGUCUCAUGGGAAUGACUUCAUUCUUGCUCUUGCUUAUCUCCUACACCAUCAUCCUAGUGACUGUAAGAAGCCGUUCCUCAGGGGGUAUGGCCAAGGCUCACAGCACUCUGACAGCCCACAUCACUGUCGUGACCCUCUUUUUUGGACCUUGUAUAUUCAUCUAUGCCUGGCCUUUUAACAACUUCCCAGUAGAUAAGAUACUUUCAGUAUUUUCUACAGUUUUUACACCUAUAUUGAACCCUAUUAUAUAUACACUGAGGAACAAAGAGGUAAAAUCAGCAAUAAGAAAAGUUUAUUUUUUAAGAAUAUGA